AUGCUCAGGACCCUUGUGCUGGCGCUGCUGGCUCUGGUCACCGCCGUGGGCCCGAGCCAGGCCAGUGGCUUCACAGAAAAAGGCCUCUCCCUGCUGAGCUACCAGCUGUGCAACUACAGUGUGAGCCAGAAUGUCCAGAGCAUGGAGGCAGUGCACACAUCCCACCUGACCUACGUUCCCUGCGGCUGGUGGGUCCCCUGGCGGCGCUGCCCCAAGACCGUCUACCGGACCCAGUACCUGGUGGUGGAGGUUCCUAAGCGGAGGAACGUGACCGACUGCUGCGAAGGCUACGAGCAGCUGGGCCUCUACUGCGUCCUGCCCCUGAAUCGGUCUGAGGAGUUCGCAUCCAGACCUGGGAUCUGCCCGGUGGUGAGGCCAGAAGCGUCUACCUCGUCAUGCACCCUGGAUGCGGACUGUCCUGGUCUUCAGAAGUGCUGCCCUUCGUCGGGGGGCCCCCGCUGCUCGGCCCCUGCCCCCCAAGCUCCAGAGAGGAAGCUGGCGAGUUUCUGGUACAACGUGACCGUCCUGGUGAAGAUGGACUUCACGGAGCUCCAGCAGGCGGACCCCAGGCUGCUGGAUCACAUGAGGCUCCUGCACUCCAUGGUCACCAGUGCCCUGCAGCCACUGGACACCACUGUCCACCACUUGCACUCGGCCGGGGGGGACACCUCGAUCACGGUGUCCCGGCUGCUGCUGGGUCUCCCGCAGCCGGAGCCUGUGGCCCGCAUCUCUGCGGUGCUGGACGGCGUGGUGAAACGCAUCUAUGAAGUGAUUGACAUCCGGGUGCAAGAUGUAGAUGAAUGUUCCUAUGACGAACUCAAUGCCUGCGCUGGGAGGGGACGGUGUCUAAACAUGGAGGGCUCGUACCAGUGCCUCGGUCAUCCGGAGUCACCCACCUCGUCCCCCCAGAAGCUGGAUGGCAGCUGUGAAGACUGCCCUCCCAUCAGAGACCUAGUGGUCCUCAACGUCACCAGCAGCAGCUUUCAAGUGUCUUGGAGUUUAAAUUCCACCCAGAACUGCACUUUCCAGGUGCAGGUUUACCAGGCUGAGGAGCUGCUCAGGAUCACCAGCACCCGGGGAACGAGCCUGGAGGUGGCUGGGCUGGAGGCCGGAGUGCUGUAUGCGGUGAGGACCAACUACCAGGCGUGCUGGGCCAAUGUCACCACCACGGUCACUGUCAAGACCGAUGCCCGGGUGUUCGAAGUCACAGUCAGAAUCCUAAACCGCAACGUGACAGAGGGGCUGCUGGACCCUGGGAGCCCCGAGUUCCAGAACUUCUCCCAGCAGCUGCUGCACGAGGUUGCAACCUCCUUUCCGCCGGCGCUUUCUGACUUGUACCGAAGAGGGAAGCUGAGGAUGCAGGUCGUGUCUCUCCGGGCCGGAAGCUUGGUGGUGAGGCUCAGACUGACGGUGCAGGACCCCGAGUUCCCGGUGGGCGUGUCCACGCUGUCCCCCAUGCUCCCACCUCUGUGGGCGAGCACCGUGUUCCAGGUGGACCAGUCGGAGACGCUUGUGCAAGACUGGGACGAGUGUGCAGACAGCCUGCAGCACGACUGCUCGCCGGCCGCCCAAUGCAUCAACCUCGAGGGCUCGUACACCUGCCGGUGCCGGACGGCCAGGGAUGCCCACCCCUCCAGACCGGGCCGGGCCUGUGACGGUGACGCGGUGAGCCCCACGGGUGGUGCGCCAUCUCCGGUGACAGGCAAUACAGCCCCAGGUCCCAGCACAGAAACAACAGCCCUCGGCCUGGAGACCCCCGCCUUGUCCCCCAGCCCUGGAUACCUGCGGCGCACCACUGCAGCAGGCCAGGCCUGGACCCCAGGGCUCCCACCCAGGAGAGGGGUCAGCGGCAUGCUCGGUCAUGGCAGGAACAACACUGGGCCAACCGUGGAGGGGGAGGCCAGCGUGGCCCCAGGCUUGGGCACCAGCCAGUGGCCCGCUCCUACCCAGGGCCCCAUGGACCACGCCAGCCUCCGCACGAGGGACACGCCGCCAGUACCUCUGGACCCUGCCUGGCCACAAAAGUCAGACCCUGGACCCUCCAGCUCCCCAGGCCUGCCCUCGGCCACCACGCCUGCAUCUCUGAAGACCCCAGCCUGCGCUCCCACGCCCAUCGGAAGGGUCACCGUCUCCAAUGUGACCAGCGCGGGCUUUCACGUGGCAUGGGUGGCGGAUCUUACCCUGCGCCCCACUUUCCAGCUCACCCUGAUUUCUGCACGGACCCCCACUGUGCACCUGGAGAGCCGGAAUGCAAGCUUGACACUGUCUGGCCUAGAGCCUGGUGUUUUGUACCUGGUGGAGAUCGUGGCCAAAGCAUGUGGAAAAGAAAGUGCCAGAGCCCACCUGAAAGUGAGGACAGCGGCCCAGAAGCUCAGUGGAAAAGUCAGAAUAGCAAACGUCAAGUAUUUAGAAUCCUUCCGCAACGCAAGCAGCAAGGAGUACCAGGCCUUCCUAGAGCUAUUCUUUAGGAUGGUGCGGAAUUCCUUGCCAGCCUCCAUGCUUCAGCACCUGGACACAGGUGGGGUGCAGGUGGAAGUGACCCGCAUCUCCAGCGGCAGCGUUGUGGUGGAGUUCAACUUGCUGGUCAUCGCAGACGUGGAUGUCCGGGAGGUGUCUGCCACGUUCCUGGCCGCCUUUCAGAAUGCCUCUCUGCUGGAGGUGGUCGGAGGUGACCCCUUCAUAGUGGAUUACGAUGAGUGCGACAGCGGGGAGGACGACUGCGCCCCGGGCUCCUCCUGCCGCAACAGCCUGGGGUCCUUCACCUGCAGCUGUGAGGGAGGCACCCCCGACCUCCCCGUGGAAUAUUCUGGAAGACCCUGCGAAGGCGACUCUCCUGGCAACACACCCCAGGCCACCGGCCCAGAGCAGCCCCCUACCCCAGCAGGACCUAGGGCUGCCUCUGUGCAGGGUGCCCACCCAGACCCCCAGGGCCUGUCCCCGCGGCUGAACCUGACCGGGGCCGUCAGGGUGCUCUGUGAGAUUGAGAAGGUAGCCAUCGCCAUCCAGAAGCGCUUCCUGCAGCAGGAGUCCAUCCCUGAAUCCUCCCUGUACCUGGGCCACCCGUCCUGCAAUGUCAGCGACCACAACAGCACGCACGUGAUCCUGGUGGCCGCGUGGGGCGAGUGUGGAACCGUCAUGCAGAGUAACAUGACGAAUACGGUGGUGAGGACCACGCUGAGGAACGACCUGUCCCCAGAGGGCAUCAUCCAUCACCUGAAAAUCCUGAGCCCUAUCCACUGCGCCUUCCAGAAUGACCUCCUGACGUCAUCGGGCUACACCCCGGAGUGGGGGGUUUACACCGUCAUCGAGGACCUCCACGGCGCUGGAAGUUUUGUCACUGAAAUGCAGUUAUUUAUUGGAGACUCUCCUAUUCCUCAAAAUUAUACCGUGUCUGCCAGUGAUGAUGUCAAGAUUGAAGUAGGGCUCUAUAAACAGAAAAGCAACCUCAAGGUGGUCCUGACCGAGUGCUGGGCAACGCCAUCCAGCAAUGCCAGGGACCCGGUCAUGUUUGGCUUCAUCAACAACAGCUGCCCUAUCCCCAAUACACACACGAAUGUGAUUGAGAACGGCAACUCCAACAAGGCCCAGUUUAAGCUGAAAAUCUUUUCCUUCAUCAACAACUCCAUAGUCUAUCUGCACUGCAAACUCCGCAUCUGCAUGGAAUCCCCUGGAACCACGUGCAAAAUAAACUGCGACGACUUUCGGUCGCUGAGAAAUGGUGAGCCCUCUGCAACGCACCAGAUGUCCUGGGGACCCCUGAUUCGGUCCGAAGGAGAACCUCCAGCUGCAAAGCUGGGCCUGCGAGCCAGUUACCUGGUCCUCAUGCUGGUGGCUGCCUUUGCCUUGGUGGCGGGGCCAGCUGCCCUUCUCAUCAUGCGCUACCAGAGAAUGACCGGAAAAUACAACCUCAAAACCCAGUCCGACAACUUCAGCUACCAGGUGUUCCACGAAUAA